AUGUUCUCAAACUUUUUGACGUGCUCGCCAUUAUACCGAUAUUGGAGCCCAGCUGGCUGCAGCUUACCGGAUGACCUACUCCGGGCCGAUGCGUCGAUCAAGUUUGCGACGAGUACCGACAUUGUCGCAGACGUAUUAACCAUGAUUCUCCCACUUCACCUCUUGCGAAACUUGACCAUCUCGCGACCACACACAUUCGGGCUGGCCAUCCUCUUCUCCCUUGGUGCCAUCAUCGUCGCCAUCGCACUCGUGCGUCUUGUUCAAGUAACGAAAGCUACGGGUGACUCGGCGGAGGAUCCUACCACAACCGCCAAUGGUCCAGUGCUGCUGAGCAUGUGGUCGCACAUCGAGUCUACCGUAUCCAUGAUCGUAGCCACGUUGCCGGCUUUCCGUUUCCUCAGGAAAAGAAAGCCAACACGACGCGAACGACGAACAAAUAUUCUGUGGCUACAAUUGGAGGCACUGGCGGGUCACGAUCAAGACCAUGGCAGCAUGGCGCAACCAACGAAGCAACAAUACAGGGGAGUGAUAGCCAGACGGAGCUGCGACCAGUUCGUGGUGAAACCUUGUAUAUGA